UCUCAAACGAGUCGCUCUUAUAGUGCACACAGCUGUUCUAGCAAUUAUUAUUGUUUUAAGUAUUUUGUAAAGUAACCCGCGUAACUCAAGUUGCUCAAGAUAAAUAAGUCAUUUAUUAAAAGUAGUGUCGUCGAGGCAGAGACCUCUGUUAUCGUCGCAGCCGAGAUGCGAGCGCCUCGUAUGCGCCCGCGCACUCAUAUCGCUCGUCAUUUUACAGCCUGACAUUUACAACUCUACCUGACUUCAUUUGGUAACAUUCGAAAAGAAAGAUUUUAGUCAGUAUCCGGCGCCAGCGAUGCUUACGAGUAUUAGUUCAGUGCGUGUGUCGUAAUACGAACGUAACCUAAGUGCUACUUUUUCUGACUCUCACUUUUUGUGCGGAUCAUGACAUCGAGCACUGAAUGCAUCAGUGCUAACGUACUUACCAAUUCGAACAUACGCCUCGCCGGCAAACCUGAUACAUCAUGGAGGGAAAAUUCGAAAAACGUCCUGAAACAAAUCAAGAGUUUUUUCCGGGAGACGACUGUGGAGCCGUGUUUGUUUAUUUACCAACUAUGCAUCGCGCUGUCUUCAAUAGCUGUGCAAAAUAUGCACUUGGAGAAGUCCUGCAGAGUAAAUUUUCAAUUUGGAGAUGAAAUAUGCGAUCGCAUAAGAGAUCGGAAUACAACUGGACUUGAGGAACAACUGAACGCAGUUCAUUCACUGGUUGCUAAGGUUGUCGCCUGGAAGUUCCCGCUUCAGACGGCUAUUCCCGCUGUGAUGGUGUUGUUUGUGGGAGCCUGGAGCGAUAAAUACAGAAGGCGAAAAUUUUGCAUACUGCUGCCCAUGACAGGAGAAAUAUGUACUAAUAUUGGACUAUUGCUUGCUACAUAUUACUUUUACGAGCUGUCUUUGAUUGGAACAGCACUUAUAGAAGCACUGCCUGCUGCGUUCACUGGAAGCUACAUAUUCGUGUUCAUGGGAAUGUACAGUUUCAUGACCGACAGGACUUCGGUAAAAAAUCGGACUUUUCGUUUGGGUAUUGUUGCUAUUUGUGUCAAUUUGGGAACACCUGCUGGCACGGCUCUCAGUGGACCGCUCUUGCGGAUUCUUGGGUACUAUGGGAUGUUCUCUUUGAUAUUAGCAUUACAUUGUUUAAGUUUUACCUACGGCAUGUUUAGACUUGAAGAUGUAUGUCCAGUAGAGAACGAGACGAGUGUAAACAAAUCAGGGUGUGAACUAAGAAGCAAGUUGCGUGAAGUUUUUGGUCUUGUGGCGAAAACUGUGUUGGUGAUACUGAAGCCCCGUCCAUUUAGAGGAAGGGUGCAGAUAUUCGCCGUGCUCGCCCUUUAUCUUAUCAUGGUUGGGCCACUUUACGGUGAUUCCCAGGUGGGGUAUUUGUAUGCAAUUCGCAAAUUUAGCUUCAAUGAAGUUGAAUACAGCGUUUAUGGUGCUAUCAAUAUCGUCCUCGGGUUGAUUGGUACAUUCUUCUGCAUAUCAUUCCUGAGCAAGAGAAUGCAAGUACAGGACAGCGUAAUAGGUGCUCUAGCAGGUGUGAGCAGGAUAGCAGCAUGUUUCGUGUUUGCGUUUGCUCCAACGCGACCCUGGUUCUAUUCGGCCCCUCUGUUUAACAUCUUCAGCCAUUGCAGCUUGACUGCCAUCCGUUCUAUGGCUACUAAGAGUGUACUUCCAGAAGAAGUUGCGAAACUGAACGCGGUAAUUGGGGUAACAGAAGCGCUAGCUCCUUCGAUCUACAUGCCUACUUCCAGCUAUAUCUACGUGUCCACGAUAGACUACUUGCCCGGGGCGUUCUACUUGUUCGACGCAGCCCUCACGCUGGUUGCCCUGGGGCUGUUCGCAUUUGUCUACAUUUUAGUGAGGAGAAGAGACAGAGACUGUGUUAAGGAUCCUGCGAGAAAAGAAGAAUUUGCAAGAUCCAAUGAAGUAGCAAGAUUUUAGGUACAUUCGCGUUUAUAGUAUUUUUGCUAGUCUCGCAAGACUUCAUAUUUAUUUAUCUAGAUUUAGCCGUCCUAUAUAAAUAUAAAAAUACCAUUUUAAGAAUGUAUACAAUAUAUUUUAUGAAUCUAUUGCUAUAUUGAGAUUUUUUAACAUAUUUAAGUUAAGUGUACUUAAUGAGAAAUUAAACUGAUUUAACCUUUACAUUGUUCAAAAUAUUA